UCUCAGAAGACCCACUGAAAUCAACGUUCGCGCCAACUCAGCCUGACGUCUGUGGCACCACACUCUUUUGAAUUUCCCGCCCGAGUGCGCACGGAGCUUCUCACGUGGCCCCGAUAGCGUAUAAAUACCAGCAAAGACUGAACAGGUGUCUCUUUUCCAACUCGCGCUCAGAGAAGAAACAUCACCAUGACUCUAUACAGAGACCAAGCAGCGAAGGUGGCGGCUCUGAGGGCCGAGGGAAAAGAGUCUUUUCUGUUUACAAGUGAGAGUGUCGGAGAAGGACAUCCAGACAAAAUCUGUGACCAAGUGAGCGACGCCAUCUUGGACGCUCACCUGUCACAGGACCCGGAUGCGAAGGUAGCUUGUGAGACGUGUACAAAGACUGGUAUGAUCCUGGUAUGUGGAGAGAUCACGUCCAAAGCCCACGUCGACUAUCAGAAGGUCGUUCGAGAGACAAUUAAGGAGAUUGGCUAUGACGAUUCUAACAAGGGUUUCGACUUCACGACAUGUAACCUCCUCGUCGCUAUUGAACAGCAGUCACCAAACAUUGCUGGAGGUGUUCACGUCGACAGAGCAGAAGAGGAUGUCGGUGCAGGUGACCAGGGCCUCAUGUUUGGAUAUGCCUCCGACGAGACUAAGGAAUGCAUGCCCCUGACAGUCGUACUUGCCCAUCGCCUCAACGAGAAAAUCGCUGAACUGCGCAGGAACGGCACUUUCUGGUGGGCUCGGCCGGACAGCAAAACACAGAUCACAGCCGAGUAUUUCUUCGACAACGGAUCCGCCAUCCCAUUCCACGUGCACACCGUGGUCGUGUCCGUCCAGCACUCGGAGAAGAUCACGCUUGACCAGCUCCGAACCGAGGUCAUGGAGAAAGCCAUCAAGACGGUGAUUCCCGCAGAGCUCUUGGACGAGAAGACCAAAUACCACAUCAAUCCUUGCGGGGAUUUCGUCAUCGGCGGACCCCAGGGCGAUGCAGGUCUCACCGGCAGGAAGAUCAUUGUUGAUACGUACGGUGGUUGGGGAGCUCACGGAGGCGGUGCUUUCUCCGGCAAGGACUACACGAAGGUGGAUCGUUCUGCUGCCUAUGCUGCUCGAUGGGUGGCCAAGUCGUUAGUCAAGGGCGGGCUUUGCAAGAGAUGUCUCGUCCAGGUAUCGUAUGCCAUUGGCGUCGCAGAACCCAUCAGCAUCAGCAUCUUCCACUACGGAACUUCCAAGUACACAUCCCAGCAGCUGCUUCAGAUCGUGAAUGAAAACUUCGACCUCCGACCCGGCCGCAUCGUCAAGGAACUAGGGCUGAAGAGGCCGAUCUAUAGAGAAACCUCCUGUUACGGCCACUUCGGCAGAGAUCAAUUCCCGUGGGAACAGCCCAAGAAAUUAGUUAUUCCAAAUUUAAGCAAGAAGUAGGUUUUUUCAUUCUAUUUGAUUAGAUUAAUGUUAAUAUUUGAUUUUUUUUUGUAACUUUUUAUAAAUGAUUGUAGCCACGGCGUGGUGGAAGAGUCAUUAGUAUUAGGUAUGUCACUAUAUUCUGUAAGAUAUGUAGUGCAUUAAAUAGUGAUCACCAGUGAACCAGCAUGACAAGAACAGAAUCCAGAUAUUGCUCAGUCAUAUAAGUAUUUCUGUGACGUGAUGCCCCUUUGGCAAAUGUGUUUUGAAUUAACGGUUUCUUGAUGCAUUUCUGAAUAAUUGUGGAAGGCUUUGUCUCCAAGAAAACACUUGGGGUUACGUAUACGUUCCCUUAUUCCUUCAAGUUGAUUCCCUUCCUUAGAUCAGGUAACGUUAUCCUACAGACAAUUAUUUUUUUCUAAAGAAGACAGCUUGGAGGUGACCAAAGUCAUCACUUGGCGCAGUCGAUUACCUUUUUAUUUUAUAUACAAUUCAGUGAAAGUCUGCGAAACUGACCUUUCCUCAUACAUUAACUAAUCUAUUAAAUCCUGCACUGUGUUCGCAACAUUUCUGGGCCAACUGCUGAUUUUGGUGCUGCUCUAAAUACGACGCGAUGAAGUGUUGUAUAGUCAAUAUUUGUGUUACGUUUAUGGAAGUUCAGAAGGAACCGAACACAUCCUUAAACAUUCCGUUCACCUUCUAUGCACAAGGUCCUCGGUUCUAUAGUCCUGUAUUAUAAAUGGUAGGAUGGUUUUAUAUAUUUGUUCUUUUAUUUUUGUUUUCUUUCUCGAGAGGAUGUUAAUAUAUAAAUAUAUAUAUAUUUGUUACUGUGAACCUUUUGUGUGCAAUAAGCUUUAUGUUUACAAAUGGGAUAAUAAAACUGUACAGGUAAACA